CGAUAAGAUAUUUUAUUUUUCGCGAUUUUUUUUUUGCUUUUUUUCUCUUUUUUUAGGCCAUGGCGGAGUACGUGCGACCCACCAACUCCAUGAUCGCACUCUCCCAGUCACGCGACGUCCCGCCCUCCGACGACGACGACGACUCCUCCCGCCGCAGCGCCGGCGACCGCAGCCGCUCUGCCACCGCCGGCGGCGGAGGACGAGAGCCUUCUUCUGGAUCGUCUGGGAAGAAGCCUCGAGGGAGGCCGCCGGGGUCGAAGAACAAGCCGAAGCCGCCGGUGGUGAUAACGAGGGAAAGCGAGACGGCGAUGCGCCCGUUGGUGCUGGAGAUCGCGGCCGGCUGCGACGUCCUGGAGAGCGUGGCCGCCUUCGCGCGUAGCCGGCGGAUGGGGAUCUCCGUUCUCAGCGGCAGCGGCGUCGUCGCCAACGUCCCCCUCCGCCACCCCACCACCAACCCUCCUGUAAUGACCCUCCACGGCCGCUACGACAUUCUCUCCCUCUCCGGCACCGUCCUCCCUCCGCCAUCCGCCGCCUCCACCGCCUCCGCCGCUCCUACCCAGGUUAACUUCUCGAUCUCGCUGGCGGGAACGCAGGGACACGUGAUCGGGGGGACGGUGGCGGGGCAGCUGAAGGCGGCUGGCCCGGUGGUGCUGGUGGCGGCCUCCUUCGCCAACCCGGAGUUCCAUCGGCUGCCACUGGCCGCGCCGGCGGAGGAUGAGGAGGCCGCCGCGGCCAAGGAGGAUGACGUGAAGUCGAUUGGCGUCGAGGCGGCCGUGCCGCUCUACGGCGUGGCUGGUGGGCCACGUCCGUUGACCGGUCCGCUCGCCCACCGUGACAUGGUCCUGUGGGCCCAACCAUCCUCGGCCCGCACUCCCCACCCUCCUCCCCCUCACUACUGAGUGUCCGAUUCCAUCUAUCUAAUUAAUUUUCUUUCUUAAAAGAGAAAACAAAAGAAAGAUGUGGAGAGAGAGAGAGAGAGAGAGAGAGAGAGAG